AUGGCGGCGAUUGCACCAGCACGAGCCUCGACCAACUUCUCAGUUGAGACCCACUCGUCAUCCACCGACUCGGCAAUGAUGAUGCUGACCUCCCCGACCGCGACGUCUUCUACCGCCACCCCGACCAUCUCAACCAAACCCAUCACCGGCAAGCGAGCGGUGGGCGUCUGGUCCAGCGAGGAGCACGACCGAUUCCUCGAGGCGCUCAAGAAGGUGUACGGCAUGCAGACGGGCAAGGCCAUUCGUCUGCGGCGUGAACACCGCAUCGACCACGACAUUUUGGCGCUGCACACGCUCAUCAGUUUCCCUCCCGAACUGCGCCACAAGCGCGUGCGUCGGAGUCACCCAAGCGAGGCGAAGCGUGCCCCUGUUGUGACGUCGGUGGAACCACCUGCGCCCGGGGUGAAGACGCCUGAGUUUCAGUGCCCCACCAUCGAUUUGAUUGACAAGGACUUUUGCCCCAUCACGGACUCGGAUGACGCAUCUUCGUCCUCGGUGUCGUCGUCGUUCCUGUUUGACGACUCGGUCUUUGCCCUUGUGGACGCCGACGACCUCCCGACAUUGAGCGAGUUGCUUGACUUCUUCAUCGAGAACUUAUCCUUAUAUUAG